UUUAAAAGGGGGGGAUUCUUCAGCAAAUUCUAACCCCCCCACCCCUCAUUGUUUAGGGGGAAUAGGUUGCCAGCCCCCCUUUGUUUACCUCCCUCUCCCGCUUUCCCUCUCGCUGCGCAGCUUCUGCUUUUCACAGCAUUUUGCAUGAAAGUGGCAAUCUGUGAGGAUUACCCAGUUUGAGGGCUAAAAAACAAAAAAAAAGGAUACGGUAGCUUGGGUGCUAAUUUUGACUCAAGGCAGAACUGAAGACAUGGGCUCCGUUUCUAACCAGGAAUUCCCAGGAGUGUGUAAGACCGAGGAAGAUGAAGGACCGAGUACCGAGGAAGAUUCACAGUCUUUCCACGGACUCGGCGUGUGCAAAUGGUUCAACGUCCGCAUGGGCUUCGGGUUCCUGUCCAUGACCAACCGAGAGGGAGUGCCACUGGACGAGCCGGUUGAUGUAUUUGUCCAUCAGAGCAAGUUGCACAUGGAAGGCUUCCGCAGCUUGAAGGAAGGCGAAGCAGUGGAGUUUACCUUCAAAAAGUCAUCGAAGGGCCUGGAGUCGCAGCGAGUUACAGGACCAGGUGGCAUCCACUGUGUGGGCAGCGAGCGGAGACCCAAAGGCAAGAAGGUCCAGAAGCGACGCUCAAAAGGUGAUAGGUGCUACAACUGUGGAGGCCUGGACCACCACGCCAAAGAGUGCAAGUUACCACCCCAGCCCAAGAAGUGCCAUUUCUGCCAGAGCAUCGACCACAUGGUUGCCAACUGCCCAAUCAAAGCACAACAGUCCUCACCGGGUUCUCAGGGAAAACCAUCGUCCUUGAAAGGGGACGAGGAGGAGCACAGCCACUCAGCACCGCCUCCCGAGACCUCUGAUUAAACGAGGAGUCGGGCAACACUGAAGCUGGGGGAAGCACAGAGGCCAAUCAAACUGCUUUGAUGGAGAGAUGGGACGCCAGAUCCCCUUCCACCUGUUGAAGCUGCUUUUGGAACUACCUCAGGUUGAAAUGAUUUCUCAUGAAGAAUGUUGCUGAAGUUUUCUUUUGUUGUUGUUUUUCAUUUGGUGUAACACUCAGGAAUACUGCUGUAUUAUUGCACUCAGGACGCUUUCUAAAUAUAUAAAUCACUGCUGUUCUUUGAGGGGUUUGAGAUUGUAGUGAGCAAUGCCAUGUGACGGAUUAUCUUGAUGAGUUCCUAUAGAAUCUGCGUUUUCUUUUAUGUGAUACUUUGCCUCUGCUGUGGGCAUUACACCUCUUCUGUUUUUGCGCAACAGUCAGUCAGUAUGUUUAGUAUAGACCUACACUUUUGCUGCCUUACCAUUUUGUCUCCUUCCUGACUGUUACACCUCACUAUCUGAUGAGGCAGAGGAGUGACAGUUGGUACCUCUGUAAUGAAUGUUAGUGUGCAUAUAGCAUGGGGAACGGGAGGGUUUGUGAAAACACAGGGGACGGGUUUUAGGGUAUAGCUAUAGGCAAUGUAUUGGCACCUGCCAAUAUUGCAAUUGACCAUCCAGUUUUCCUGGGGCCAAAUGAAUGUCAGACCAGAAGUGUUUUCCAGCUUUUGGUCAGAGUUGGGGUUUUUUUUGUUUUUUUUAAUCAUUUCAUUCUUUUCAUCCAGCGUUUUGUUGGCUGUUUAAAGGUGCACAGUCUACCUCAUUGGUGCAUGCUUGGCCUUGCUACUAAAACUGUCAUCCUAACCACUGAUGGUAAACCAAAUAUUCUCUGCUUGGAAUACAGUUUUGGAGAUUGUGAUUUGAAUUGGGAUUAAAUCAAAUCCUUUUUGCACUACAGUAUUGAUGCAGGAUUUGUCAUUAGUAGCAAUAACUUCCUUAUUAAUUCUGGGAGCCAGAAACAUCCACAGUAUAUUCUUGUGUUAUUGGCUGCUGUGACAAAUACUCCUGCUUUAUAAUUAUCUCAAUUUGGAUUUGAUAGAAUUCCAACAAAUGUGAUACUAUACUCAACACAUGUACAUCAUCACUUCUAAUAAGAUACUUGACCUGGACUGAGUUACUGAGGGGUCCAGCUAGCUCUCCUCUUGAUACUUGAAUAAAAUGAGGCAGAAUCAGACAUGAUGUUGCCAGUGGGAAGGCUGGUGUUUUUGUUUAUAUCCAGAGUGAUCCAUUUCUAGGUAGUUAUUUAAGACAUUACCUCCCUAUAACCCUUAGUAGGGUGAUAGUUCAGGAACACCAAGCCUGCACGGAGGAGCAUAUAGAACUAGCUAGCUAAUCAGCAUUUUACUCCCGUUUUACAGGAGAAGCUGACAAGACUUUUACACCCAAUUAAUAUAUAUGUAAAAUUAUUCUAAAGCCUUUUUUAAAAUCAUACUACGUAUUUAUUUUCAUCAAAGAGUGCUGCAGCUUCUCCUUAUGCUCCUGUUGAAGCCUCUCGGCAAUGAAUGUUCGACCAGACAUCAGAAAACUGCCAAAUGUCAUUCAAAGCUACAUAUGACUUGAGAAUAUAUUUGGGUAACACAUUUCUAACAUCCAGGUACUCGUAUUACUUUGUACAUAUGUGCUUGAUAACAACUUGUCCUUAACAAUAAUUCAAUGUCGUAUAAAUACAGUGUAACAAUAAGAUAUUGCAACACAAUGAGUAACAAUAUACAGUACAUACUGUACAGGUACAUAGUUUUAAGAGGACUGACGUAAACUGUGAUUUUAUUUCCUUUUGCCUUGUAUGAUUUUUCUGUUUUUUUAGUUAUGUGCACAAUGAGCCUCUCAGAAAAGAGACCCUUUGUGAUACCUAUCUAUCUAUGCCAAAACCAAUGCAAUGUUACUCUGCACUAAUCAUGUGUAAGAUGCAUUAAUUUCUUUUUUUUAUAUUCAGUUUAAUCUCUUUUGAAUAUAUGUUCCAUAAUUUAUAUAUAUAUUUUUAGACUUUCAAAAACCACAUACAGUCAACUGCUUUUGGGGGGAAAAAAAAGAAAUACCUCCACUCUUAGGCUCAUCUCAGGAAUCGCCAAUCUGAAAACUCAGGGAAUACUUCAGAUUGAUUGGAAGGAGUCAAGGAGUGUUUAUUCACAACAAAGUAGGGAUGAAAUGUUCAUCCUUGUGAUGUGAACCGUAGGACAAGGGAGCCAAAGUAAAAUGGGCUUGCUAGUGUCUGCUUUUGAAUGUCUUGGUGCAACAGUUUCUCUUUUUUACUCAUUAAAAAAAACAUUUUGGUCAAAAAAAUCAAUGAUUACAAAUGAUGUGAAAACGUUCAAACUGAGAUUUACAAACUUUUUGACUCGUCAACUUUCCAUGCACCCAGUGUGAUGAUGAUCUUUAUAUUUUCUCCUCUUUGACAUAACAUGCCAUGAUAUAUGAUAUGAUAUGAUAUGAUAUGAAGAAAAUGUUCCACUAUUAUUGUAUUUUCCUCUAUAAUCGUUGUAGAUGGGGAUGUAGUAGAAUAUUGUAAAGGGAUUGGGGCUAGUAGUAUAUAAUCCGGGUUUGUCUCAUCUCAACACAUGGCCGAUAACUUGGUGUUUCAGACUAUCAAUGCUUAUGACAAAAAGAAUGUGUCAUGGAUGACUUCACACUCAGAUCUUGUUUCAUACUCUUUCAAACUUACUGGUUAGGUAGUGCUUAUACUGGCUGUUCAAGUUAAAAGCAAAUUCCACUCAUGAUGUGAAAAGAUGGAAAAGAUUGUUGAAAUAAGUGCUCUGAUUAGGUUUACUUUUCUCUGCAUUUUCAUGUGGAAUAAACCACUCAAACUGGCUUACAGUGAUUCUGACACCCACUUUAUUCAGAUAAAGGUUGAAUGAAAGUGUUGUAUUGUAAUGUUUGCAAUAUCCUGCUGUACUUAGUGAUGUUUUCAAAGUAUCAUUUGAAAACUAAAGUCCAUGACAGACAUUCUAAUUGCAACAAACCUGUUUGACCCCUCAGUGGUGUGUUAUUGUGAUUUGAUUGUCGGGUGUUAGAUGGGUUAGAUAUACCUUGAAAAUCCAAGGACCUGUAAGACUAUGUGCUCAGGGUAACAUUUGAAGCACAAUAAAAGCAUUCUGCCUCUGUGCUUUUCAUGGUACAUCUUGUUUGUGACCAUCAGCCAUUUCAUUUGUGGUGUUGUAUUUUAUCGGGUAAAUGGCUCUAGCUACUUCCAAAAAAAUGUGCAUUUAUUACUGAUGAAUGUAUCAAUGUUUACUGCCAUAAAACUACAAUUAUCUUGAUCUCAGGUGAUUUAAUGGCUAGUUUGUAAAUGAUGAGCAGCAUGUAGGCUUUUCAAAGUAUUACUGUGAUUAUGUUUCUAUAUGUAAAGAUCUGCUCCAUUUCCUAAUAAAUAUGUCAAUAUUCA